UUCAAGUGUUAAUUGACUGGUUUGAUGAAAUGGGUAUGUGUAGAAAUUGUUGAUCGAGAUGGGAAGUCUUCUCUUCUCUCGCUUAUUAAAGCAUUUGACUCUGUUCUUACUGUGUACGAAGGUUUCUGCAACUUGAAACAGGUGGACCUCAAGCUUAAGGUCUGCAGAGGUUCAUCCAUUCGAAAAGUUCUUGUUCGGGAAGCGAAGUUUUACUUUGCCAAUGAGGUUAUAGUCGGUACUGCUCAAAAUCACCAUACAAUCUGUUCCUCGGCCUCUGUUGCCAAGUACUGCGCCAAAAAUUUACCAAAGGAUUGCUCAAUACUCGCGGUUGAUAAUGGGAAGAUUGUGUUUCAAAGAAAAGCCUCUCCUCCAAUGACUAAUGGCCGUGCAAAAGGAAUCGAUGAUCAAGGAAGACAUCAUUUACUUGGUGCAAUUCAAAGCUCGGCAAGUAAGAAUUCCAAAUUACUACAUGGUGCAAAUGUGGAUGAGAACUCAACAGCGACAAGUGAUCAGAUUACUUGUGAAAGUUUAGAGUCCGCGUUAGUAAAGGCAAGAUGGGAUUGUGCAGAGAGAGCCUUGAAAAAGAAGUGUUCCAUUUGUUCCCCAAAUUCUGUUUCGCCGGAAAAUUCUUGUUUCGAAUCACCAGAGAGCUCUGCCGGUGAUAGCGAUGAAGACAACUCGAAAGCUAUAGUGCCAGUACCUCAUUAUAAUAAUAAUAAUAAUAAUAAAAAAAGGGAUCAAUGA